AAUUCCUGUUGCUAUGGUAACAUGACAAAAGAAAACAAACGUUUACUUAUGGCGGUGUUCGUUUAGAAUCGGUAUUUUGGUAAAAUCAGCUGUACUGAUAAAAAAACGGAACAUAUUUAAAAGGAACAUGUUUUCAGACAAAUCUUUUGAUGUUGUUGGAUUCCAUUCAUGUUGGAAAACUGCCAGAGAAUUUCAGGAUGAGGGAAUCCAAACAACAGCCUCAUCAUACAAUGAGCAGGAGUCACAGUCCACAGUUUCCAAAGGUGCUGAGACACAAACAGACCAUAUACAACCAAACUUGAUAAUGGCUGAAAAUGUAGAUUAUGACAGACUAGCUGCCUUCUUGAAUCGUAUCUACCCUAAAGUGAUUGCUGAACUUGACAAGAUGCAUAUAAGCCAAGCAUUUAAUGGAUAUGAGCCAACAGAAGAUAAUACUGAUGGUGCAGUUAGGAAGUUACAUACUCUUCAAGUGCGCAACACCAAUUCACAGACUGAGAUGAAAGUUAGCAGUCUGUCCUGGAGCUGCACUGGUGCUGUGGUAGCAUUUGCCUGUAGCCAGUCAAAACACGAGAGCUGGUGUGACCAUUCAGGCAAUGUGCAUCUUUUUAACAUUAACAGGCAGGACUUCUCAGACUCAGUGCCAAGCAAAACACUGGAGACCAGGUCUUGUGUGACAAGUCUAAGUGCUCAUCCCUAUGAACCAUCCAUCUUGGCAGGUGGAACAUUUAGCGGAGAAAUUCUAGUGUGGAACCUCCAAAAAGAUGAUGACUGUCUGAUAAGUACCACUGUCACUGUACCUGGUGCUCACAGAGAAGCUGUAAGCCAAGUGUCCUGGGUUCGUAACCCAGAUCCUACUCAACAGCGGCACGUGCUUGUUUCAGCAGGCCGUGACGGGCGUUUAUUAAUGUGGCAAGUGGGAACUCACUCAGGGAGCAUUCAACUGAUCGAAGGGUUUUUCAUCAUGUUGGAACACAUAAAGUACACAGGUCCAAGCAAAGCAGUGCCUUCACCCGUAGGUGGUCCUGAUGUGGAUAUGGAACUGGGAGUCACAUGCUUUAGUUUUGCUGCACAGGACUUGACAACUUUUGUGGUUGGGGUGGACGGAGGUGGCCUACUGCACUGUACCACCAUUGCAACGAAACCUGCACCAGUGCACUCAGAAGUGCCGCUGAAGGAUCCAGUUCUGAACACGUUUGAGAAGCACGAGGGAGCAGUAACAUGUGUAAAGUGCUCUCCACACCAUGCAAAAACAUUCAUAUCUUGUGGAACUGACAAUGAAAUUCGCAUCUACCAUAUGAAUCAGACCGCUCCUGUCCGAGUGAUUUAUGUAGAAGCUGGUGUUGUGGGUCUGGAGUGGAGCCUAGCACAUCCAGACCUGUUUGGGGCAUGGGGCAACAUCUCUGGCUGCGUCAAUUUCUACAACCUGAACAAUGGGGAGAUCAUUCCUUCAUUGCAGCUUCCUGCAUGUGAGAAACCUGCACUUAUCUCUGCUGUAUGCUGCAACCCUCAUAGCCAUCAAUUGGUCGCAGUAGGAGAUGUACAAGGAAAAGUGGUAGUGUGGCAGCAACCUUCUUACAAGGAAGACAAGUAACUGUUACGUUAGUAUUAAAAUUACUUAUGUCAAGAAUUAUUUAAUAAAAUGAUCUAU